AUGGCGGGUCGAAAUCUUGGUCUCCGGAGACGUAGCGUUCCGGGGACUCCACUGCCGCCGCGUGGGCAGAAACCUGCCACACCUCGACAGGAUCUCCUCGCCAGGGAGGAAGAAUAUAAGCGUUUAAAUGCAGAAUUGGAGGCAAAAACAGCUGACCUGGUUCGACAAGCUGAGGAAGUAAUAAGAGAUCAGCAAGAGGUACGAGCCAGGUCUUUUUCAACACAAAAUAAAUCAUAUGAAGAGAAAGAUGAUUUUAAUACAAGAGGUCUAUUAUCGUCUGAAGAAAUAGUUCAUCUGCAUUCAGAAAGUAAGCCAAAGACCAAAAAUAUUGGUUCUGUAAACAAGGUUCAAAACAAACUGCACUCUGCAAAUAAAGGAAUUAAAAAAACAAAUUCAAGUGUUAAAUUGAAAUACUCAGAUAUACAAAUUGCUGAUGAUGUUGCCAUUCCAGAGGAUUUCUCAGACUUUUCUCUUUCGAAAACCAUUAGCAAAAUUGAAGGGCAACUGGAGGAAGACGGCUUACCUGAAGAUGAUGACAUUUUCUCCGGUGUGAGUAAAGACAUUGGAACAGAGGCACAAAUGAGAUUUCUAAAAGCCAAACUCCAUGUUAUGCAGGAGGAAUUGGAUAAUGUUGUAUGUGAAUGCAAUAAAAAGGAAGAUGAAUUGCAGGAUUUAAAGUCUCAAGUAAAAAACCUUGAAGAAGAUUGUGUGAGACAGCAACGAACAAUUAAUAUGCAACAUUCCCAAAUAGAAAAAUAUAAAAAUCUUUUUGAAGAAGCAAAUAAAAAAUGUGAUGGAUUAGAACAACAGUUGACUUUAAUAGAAAGGGAAUUAGAAAAUAAAAGACGACUACAAAAACAGGCUGCCUCUACCCAAAGCACCACAGAAGUCCGCUUGAAUAGAGCCCUAGAAGAAGCAGAAAAGUAUAAACUGGAGUUAAGUAAAUUAAGACAAAACAACAAGGAUACAGCAAAUGAAGAACACAAAAAAAUUGAAAUGUUAAAAUCAGAAAACAAGAAGCUAGAAAAACAAAAAGGAGAAUUAAUGAUAGGGUUUAAGAAACAAUUAAAAUUAAUUGAUGUUUUAAAAAGGCAGAAGAUGCACAUUGAAGCUGCCAAGAUGCUAUCUUUCACUGAAGAAGAAUUUAUGAAGGCACUUGAAUGGGGCAAUUCAUGA